AUGGACAAGCCCCCGCCGCCACGCACAACGAUCAUGUACGCCCUUGAUAACAUGGAGGACCAGACUCGGCCCGUGCCGGUGGGCCUCGCACCUAGUCUCGACUCGGCGGGAGGCAGCGUCGCCGGGGGUACGCCAAGCUGGAGAAGCGGGGCAAGUCCUUCACCCACGCCUCGAGGCGCCAACCAGAACCUCAAUACCCCCCUACCUGCCCCGAAACAGGUGAUCCCACGUUCGCUGACCGAGAGGGAGUCGCAGCUAGUGAAACACUUGAGUCGCCUGCAAUUCGAGUUCCUUGCUACGGCACCGACGCGUUGGACAGGGACAGACGAUAAUGCCGUGUCUACAGCGGUGGGAGCUCCUGCCAGGCACCCCAACCUCAACCGCUUUCCUCUCCUCAAUGGAGAGUUCGAGGCCUUCUCGCGCCCGGUACAGAAUGUGAAGAAAUUUGAAGAGGGCGUGUUCUCCGAUCUGCGCAACCUGAAACCAGGCACAGAUGCGUGUCUCGAGGAGCCUAAGUCACCCUUUCUGGAUCUGCUGUUCCGGAAUGCCUGUAUCAGGACGCAGAAGAAGCAAAAGGUAUUCUACUGGUUCUCAGUUCCCCAUGAUAGACUCUUCCUCGAUGCCCUAGAGAGAGAUCUGAAGCGGGAGAAAGCGAAUGCCGAACCGACAACCGCUGUUCUGGGCGAGCCUGCAAGGAGCUUCAGAUAUGAUCAUACGCGGGGACUCUAUGAGCAAUUUGCUGGAAAGCAACCUGGGUUGGGAAAUCCUGACGAUCCCGACUCACCUGCUCCCGUCACUACCGGGUAUGAGCUACCCCCCUCCGGCAUUGUCGCAGAGCAGCCCGGCGGAGCAGCCAGCCCUUUCAACGAGGGACAGGGUGGAACCUCGUCCGAUCGAGGUACCCCUUCCGCUGAGUACGAUGCAGCGAGCUCGGGCACUGGAGAUGACCUGGCGCCGAACGAGACUGCGACGUCGGUGCUCUUCUCCCAAUCGCUUCUCAAGGGCAGCCCUUCGUACAAGCGGCGGCGCAGGAAGGCCAGCCGAAGCAAGCGUCAGCGCUCGCGUGGCAGUACGGCGGGUACCCAGUACGGAUCAGCAAACGAAGACAGCGGAUCCGACAGCGAUAUCGCGCGGAUUACGUCCUACGGAGCCCCAUUCGCUUCGGUCGAACGCCACCCACACCCCGACCGCUAUGCGGAGUUUGCCAGCAACCUGCUCGUCCCUGCCAACGCCCAUACCCCUCCUCGUGCGGUCCCGGCGCUGCCCGCACAGGGAGAUGAACAGUCUACGUGGUCGAAUCCCCUCAGCCACGAGCCCGGUACCUUCUGUGCGCGGCCUGCAGAAAAUGCCUUCCCCGCCAGCUCCCUAAGCAUCGGCGCGGAGAGCAACAACGAGGAGCAGGUGGCCGUUCCUGGUACUCUGCCCCUCCAAUCGGCAGGCAAAGGGUUCAGCUGCCCGCUGCUUUCCUGCGGACGCAUGUUCAAACGCUUGGAACACCUCAAACGCCAUGUCCGCACGCACACGCAGGAGCGGCCUUACGAAUGCACUCGAUGCUCUAAGCGGUUCAGUCGCAGCGAUAACCUCACCCAGCAUGUCAAGACGCACGAGAAGGCGGAUCGUGGCGAGAGAAUGAAGACGGAGGCGUCUGAAACCACCGAGGAUGAGGUGGUGCGGUAUCUGGAGGCGGAAGUCGAUGCCAUGGCGGCUAGGGAGAUGCGAGGAUACAGCAUGGCUGGCAGCAUGGGCGGAGACUUAGGCGGGAGAGGCGAGACCUAUCCAGCGCAGUUUGGCAUGAAUGUCAAUCAGCUCGCUUCACGCCCUUUCGACCCUCAACAUCUCAGCUACCUGAGCGGGACCCACCAGUCAGCCCCUAGCGCAGCCCGCUUCGGGAUGGCAGACCCGGCGGAGUUGCGGUCCAUGGAGCAAAACUGGACGGGCGGGAGGGAAGGUCUGGGCAUCCAGCCGGUAGACUCAGCCACUCCGGGUCUGCUCAAGCGGCACAGGUCAAUGACGCCGAGCUUGGCCCCGAGCAGGAACGCGCUGCCACCUAUGCUGGGAGCUCGGUACCACCCGUACGCUCUUCCGCCGCUCACCGAAGGCUCCCACCCUGGCUAUCCUGCCCACCGCUCUUCGUCGGUCGACUCCUUCCAAAUCCCGCAUCGGAUCACCGCCGGCCCGACCAGCCAAUUGCUACCUGAGAACUCGGGCGGAUCCUCGCGGACACACAGCCUGCUAUCACAGCAAACAAUCCCGACGACUUUGUUUCAAGCGAGUGGUCAAGCAUCGGCCGAUCCGGCCACCAUAUUCCCCGCCGUCGAUCUCGAACACCAGCAGCAGCCCGUCACGCGCGGACUUGCGCCCGCUACGGAUGCUGUCGCAGAGGCGUCUGGAUUCGCGGAGUGGGCGAACGGUAGCGGUCUAUGA